AUGUUCUGGCCCAUUGGGAGCCCCAGAGUCUACGCCACCAGCCAGCGCCAACUGCCUCCAGAGCGUCGCAUAAUCUCCGACGACGGCCUCAACCACGAAGCAUCGCCCGCGGCCGUCAACGGGAAUCAUCACGAGCCCCAUCACGCCCGCGCCGCACAGCAGAAGCCCCACCAUGACAGCGCUGAGCACGAUGCCACGGUGACGCAAGGGCCGAACGGCUCCGCGCCGCACACGUCGACCGCAACCAACGGCAGCCUGCAAGGGACCGACACAGAGACAGACAUCGACGGCGACAUCAUCGCCCUGCGCGUCGCUCGCAGCGGCCAGUUGUUUGCCACCAUCACACACUCGACACUGACCAUCUGGCAGACAAAGCCCACAGCAGUACUUGCCUCUGUCCUGCGCUCGCCCGCCUCCCUCAAAACCUACGGUCCAAACGUAUCGCUCCUGCUACGCCCCGACUCCGCCAUAUUCGUCGUGCAGACAGCCCUGGGCUACCUCAUCACCUACUCGCUCGCCAGCGACCCCAACUCCCGCGUCUACCGCCAGCAGUUCGACCCCAACGCACAUGGCCAUUCGCGCCGGCAAAGCAUUUCCGGCAGCAGGAUCCAUGUUACCGGAGACAAGUUCGCUGGUCCGGGCGAGGGUGGCGGCAUUCAGGAUGUCAGUGUCCGCUUCCGCAUGGUCAUAAGAGUCGACGCCGGCAUUGCGAAAGCCCUCGCACUGGACGAGGAACUGGUUGUGGCGACGGCGAAGCCCGCCGCCAUUCAGUGCAUUCGGUGGGCACCCGACAGCCAUGGGAACCAGACCAGCACCGAGUUGCUCAGCAAGAUGUCCUGGCUCAGCAGGAAAACGACCGUGGUUGACAUAGUGAACGAUCGGCCCAUGAAUCUGUAUGCUUGGGUCAUGAGCGACGGCAAGGCCUAUGCUGUCCAGAGGCUCCCCUCAAGUUCCGCCGACGCCCAAGCAUCUAAGGCUUUGUUCAAAGGUUACUGCUUCCACGAGCCAGGGACAGAGGAUACCCACGCCGUCAAGGCCGCAAUCAAUGCUCGCUUCUCCCUGGUUGCACUGGGCUGUGCAAAUGGAGAGAUACACGUGUACACAGCCAGGGACUACGACGGUCACGUUCCAUUGUCGCACAAAUUGCAGACUGGCUUGACCUCGGCCUCAUCGGGAAAACUGACUUUCCUGACGUACUCUCCAGAUGGAUAUUGUCUUUUUGCCGGUUACGAAAAGGGGUGGAUGAUGUGGAGUGUCUACGGCAAGCCAGGCGCAAGCAGCUUCACUUCGACGCGCUUCAUGUCUGAAAACAACGAUGAGAGAUGGCUCCUUAGCGCUCGCGACGGAUUCUGGAUUGGCGGCGGUUCUGAAAUCCUCCUUCUUGGGAAGAAUGACAACCGGCUGUGGCUCCUAGAGAUGGCACGGAGUGCUGUUGCCGGCUGCUUCUCCUCUGCGAACGUGUCCAGGUCUCUCCUCCAGACGAAUGCAGGCUUCAUGAUUUACCGCGGCUACGACAUGCCAGACUUGACGGCCAUUUCCGCGGAAGUCUCGCUUUGGCAUCACGUCCAAAUCCCUGCCCCGUAUCUCAUCGAUCAAUGGCCCAUACGUAGCGCAGUGAUCUCGUCUGACGGGCGUUACGUGGCGGUGGCGGGCCGCCGCGGGCUUGCGCACUACAGCGUCACUAGCGGAAGAUGGAAAACGUUUGAUGAUCCUGAAAUGGAGAACGAAUUCACAGUCCGGGGCGGCAUGUGUUGGCACCAGCAUGUGUUGAUCGCAGCCGUCGAGGCGGACAGCUCAUAUGAGCUCCGCAUCUAUUCGCGCGAGAAAGAAUUGGAUAACAGCAAACUGAUGCACAAGGAGCGGCUCCCUGCUCCCAUUGUUCUAGUUGCACCGUCGGGGGAUGAUUCCCUAUUGGUUUACACAUACGAAAACAUCCUCUACCACUUCAUCAUCAACGUUGCCAAUUCCUCGGUCAGAAUCAUGCAAGUUGGACAGAUUGCCCUUCAUGGCAUCAUCCGGGCGCCUCCACGAGUACGAGCACUAAGUUGGAUCUUGCCGGAAGAUCAGCUCGAUCACGGCGAUCCCUCACAGGAUGUUGCAGUCGCCACCAUCCUGUUCCUGGUGGACGGCAAGCUUGUUCUUUUGCAGCCAACAACCACGGAGGAAGGGAUGUUGAAAUACGAAAUGCGCAUCAUAGCACAGAAUGUGGAGUAUUACGCGCUGAUGCGGGACCAUCCGUCGUUCAAGAUUGCGGAUGACGAAGACUACCUGCCACCUAGUCCCUCGGCUGCUCUGCCGAACAACAGCCUCCAGGGCCACGACCUGCGUGAUUCCUUGUGGUACUUUGACGGGCAAGACAUGAAACUCUGGACGGAUGCGCAGGACGUUUUGGUGUCGGCGUCGAUGGAGCUUGGCAGGGAGCUUCCGGCGACAGUCAGCAUACCUGUCGACUUCUACCCUUUGUCGCCGUUGUUGAACAAGGGCAUCCUCUUCGGCGUGGAGUCAGACUUGGUGCAAAGACGCGACAUCAGCUUUGCCUACUUCCGCUUUGCUACAAGGACUCACCUCUUCCUCCCGCCGCUGCUUCGUCAUCACUUGGCGCAGUACAACUCCCCCGCAGCGUUGCAUCUGUCACACCAUUACCAGCAUCUCCUGUACUUCCCGCAUGCACUGGAGAUCCUGCUGCAUGACGUGUUGGACGACGAGGUGGACACGUCCCCACCGCCGGAGCAAGCGCUUCUGCCGAGUGUGCUGUCGUUCCUCUCGUCGUUCCCGCAGUAUCUCGACAUUGUGGUGCAGUGCACGCGCAAGACGGAAGUGCGGUCGUGGCGCACGUUGUUCGCGCACCUGCCUCCGCCUCAAGAGCUGUUCGAACAGUCGCUGCAGCGCGGGUCGUUGAAGACGGCGGGCGGCUAUCUGCUCGUGCUGCACACGUUCGAGGAGCUCAGCUCGAGCUCGCACCAGUUGAUACGGCUGCUCCAGCGAGCCAAGCUCGAGCAGGACUGGGACAUCUGCAAGGAGCUCGCACGGUUCCUCAUGGCGCUGGACGAGACGGGAGAGACGCUGAGGGAAGCGCUGGAGAUGGCAGAGCUCAAGUCGCCGACGGAAGGCGGCAGCAAGCAGCCGGCGGCGGGCAGCUUCAUGUUUGAAGAGUCGCGGCUCACGAUCCCGCGCCGCAACAGCGGGAGGAACGGAGACAGCAGCGGGGUCGGGGAUAUCGGCAUCGGUAUAGGCGGGAUCGACCUCGCUGCGGGAUCCAGCAGCAGCAUGGGCAGCCACAGUCCCGCGAGCGCGGUAACGAAUGGCGACGGCAGGGCAUCGAGUAGCGCAGCAGCGACCCACGAAGCCGGGGCGUCGACGGGCAGUAAUGACGACUACUUCGCGUCAGGGUUCGGCUAA